AUGGGGAGGUUCAUCAGCAUUUUCAUGAUAGUUUUGGUCUCUGUCAAGGCCGCUGCUCUUGCUCAGAGCGCUUCCAAUGUCCUGGCAACUUACAAUGACUACAAUCCCGAGCAGAACCACUGGGACUUAAACGCGGUCCAUGCUUUUUGCUCGACUUGGGAUGCGAGCAUGCCCCUCGCGUGGCGCGAGGAAUACGGUUGGACCGCCUUCUGUGGCCCGGUUGGGCCUCACGGAGAGGCCUCUUGUGGCCAGUGCUUAAGCGUGACCAACACGAGGACCGGAGCUCAGGCGACAGUGAGGAUCAUCGACCAGUGCAGCAAUGGAGGAUUGGACCUGGACGCCGGUGUGUUUCAAGCGUUGGACACCGACGGAAGUGGCAACGCUCAAGACCAUCUUAUCGUGGACUAUCAGUUUGUCACUUGCUAA